AACUCUUAUCAAGGCUUGUAUAUACAUCAAUUUCUGGGUGCAUUAUUUUGACACUGUUACACUAUCUAUUCUUCCAUUAUGACCCUCUUGAAUUGUUUUCCCCACUACUUGUUUGGAGUAUUUCUUAUGACUUGAGCUAUUUGUAUCUUCAUUUGCUUCCGUCUUUUCACCGUGCCAUUGAUCCAAAAAAUGUUGCCUUAUUACUUUUAAACUGAUAAAAAGAGAGUACAAUUUAUUGACAGCAAGCAGAUAUGGAAUCGAAUCGUUCGAGCAAGCAGUCCUCACUUGUUCCAUCCUUUCCUAAAGACUCUCGAGGCUCACUGGAAGUAUUCAACCCAUCUACUUACUCUACAAGACCAACUAACCCAGCUUUUCAGUCCCCAUCCACAUGGCAAAGCUGGGAUGAAGCGCGAAGUAAGCUUGAGCAGGUUACAGAAGAGGACUCAAAACUCGAGUCCAAUUCUAGUCAAACCAAGACCGAUGAGAUCACCUCAUGGAUGGCUCUGCCUGACCCAACUCCUGCUUCCCAAAAGAUUCCAACAAUAAACAGUUCAAAAGAGGAUGAUCAUCAAUUAAAGCUCAAAGGUUCUGGUACUGCCAAGGCUGAACAGAGAGCAGCUGAGUGGGGUUUAGUGCUUAAAACUGAUGAUGAAACUGGGAAGCCACAGGGUGUCAAGGUCAGGACUUCAGGUGGAGAAGAACCAAAUCCUAAACCUGAAAGCUCGAGGAAGGAGUCGGGUGGCUCAGUUCGGAGUUCAGGUGAUUCAUCUGACGGUGGCCUCACUAGGAACAUCCCAAGAGUGUCUGAAGAUUUGAAGGAUGCCUUGUCAACAUUUCAGCAAACAUUUGUUGUGUCAGAUGCUAGCAAACCCGAUUACCCAAUUCUGUAUGCCAGUGAAGGGUUCUUCAAGAUGACUGGAUAUAACUCCAGAGAGGUUAUUGGCAGAAACUGCCGGUUUUUACAGGGAGCAGAAACAGACCCAGAAGAACUGGAUAAAAUUAGAGAAUCAUUACUCAAGGGUACCAACUACUGUGGGAGGUUGCUGAAUUACAAGAAAGAUGGCACGCCUUUCUGGAACCUUCUAACAAUGACACCCAUCAAAGAUGAAACAGGAAAAGUCCUUAAAUACAUAGGGAUGCAAGUGGAGGUAAGCAAACACACAGAGGGUUCCAAGGAUAAGAUGGUCCGUCCCAAUGGAUUACCAGAAUCCUUGAUCAGAUACGAUGCUCGUCAGAAAGACAUGGCAUCCAAUUCAGUCAAUGAGCUAGUGCAGGCAGUGAAAAGGCCCCGGUCACUAAGUGAAUCAGGGAAUCGACCCUUUAGGAGAAAAUCAGGUGGUGCUGAUGAAAAAGACGGUACAAAGUCUCAGAUGAGGAGAAACUCAGAACAUGUGCCUCCAGCUAGACGCAUGUCAUUGGAACGACUUAGUGAAGUGCCUGAAAAGAAACCUAAAAAAUCUGGACGCCGUUCAUUCAUGGGGAUUUUAAAGAAAAGUAAGCCCAGCGAGGAGCCUAUUAAUGAUGAAGAAACUUUUGAUGAUAAAGGAAGCACUGAUGAUGAUGAUUAUGGUUUUGAUUAUGAUGAUACAAGACCUGAUAGUGUAGAUGAUAAAGUAAGGAAAAAGGAAAUGAGAAAGGGUAUUGAUCUUGCUACCACUCUUGAACGUAUAGAGAAAAACUUUGUCAUCACCGAUCCAAGGCUUCCUGAUAAUCCCAUUAUAUUUGCAUCUGAUAGUUUCUUAGAGCUGACAGAGUACAGUCGUGAAGAAAUUUUGGGAAGAAAUUGCAGGUUCCUCCAGGGGCCUGAAACUGAUCCAGAAACAGUACGUAAAAUCAGAAACGCGAUAGACAAUGAGUCAGAUGUUACUGUUCAGCUGAUUAACUACACAAAGACUGGGAAAAAAUUCUGGAAUGUGUUCCAUCUACAGCCCAUGCGUGACCAAAAGGGAGAAGUCCAAUACUUUAUCGGGGUACAGCUAGAUGGUAGUCAACAUGUUGAGCCACUUCAAAACAGUAUUCCGAUAGCUACUGUUAUGGAGAGUGAGAAGCUGGUUAAAGAAACAGCAGAAAAUGUUGAUGUUGCAGUCAGAGAACUCCCAGAUGCCAACAAGAAACCUGAGGACUUGUGGGCGAAUCAUUCGAAGUUUGUACAAGCAAAGCCCCAUAGGAGGGAAUGUGCCUCAUGGAAAGCCAUUCAAAAGGUUGUUGAAAGUGGAGAACCGAUUGGCUUGAAACAUUUUAAACCAGUUAGGCCUCUUGGAGCGGGUGACACUGGAAGUGUGCAUCUGGUGGAAUUAUGUGGAACAGGUGAAUAUUUUGCUAUGAAGUCAAUGGAUAAAAGUUCUAUGCUCAACCGUAAUAAGGUACACAGAGCUAUUGCGGAAAGGGAAAUUCUUGACAUGUUGGACCACCCUUUUCUCCCUGCAUUGUAUGCUUCAUUUCAGACAAAAACACACAUUUGUCUGAUAACUGACUACUGCCCUGGCGGGGAGCUAUUUCUACUUCUGGAUAGACAGCCAACAAAGGUCCUGAAGGAAGAUGCAGUGAGAUUUUAUGCAGCGGAGGUGAUUGUUGCAUUGGAAUACCUUCAUUGCCAAGGUAUAAUUUACAGGGACCUAAAGCCAGAGAAUAUCCUUAUUCAGGGCAAUGGCCAUAUUGCUUUGACGGAUUUUGAUUUAUCGUGUCUAACAUCUUGCAUGCCACAGUUGCUGCUUCCAGAGGUAAACGAAAAGAAAAGGCAACACAAGACUCAACAAAAUCCUAUAUUUUUGGCUGAGCCUAUGCGAGCAUCAAAUUCAUUUGUAGGGACAGAGGAAUACAUAGCUCCAGAAAUUAUCGGUGGGGCAGGGCAUACGAGUGCAGUGGAUUGGUGGGCUUUAGGGAUUCUGAUAUAUGAGAUGCUUUAUGGGUAUACACCUUUCCGUGGUAAAACGAGGCAAAAGACAUUCACCAACGUGCUUCAAAAGAAUCCUAAGUUUCCUGCAAGUAAACAAGUGAGUCUCCCUACCAAACAGCUGAUUUAUCAGUUGUUGCAGAAAGACCCCAAGAGCAGAUUGGGGGCAUAUGAAGGUGCAAAUGAAAUUAAGCGUCAUCCAUUCUUCCGUGGAGUCAAUUGGGCUCUUGUUCGUUGCAUGAAAGCUCCUGAGCUAGAAGUUCCAUUCUCCACUGACCCAGAAAAGGAAGCAAAAAUCAUGGACCCUGAAAUGCUAGAUCUCCAAACUAAUGUCUUCUAGAGGGAUGCUUCAUUUAAAGAGCUUUGUUAUUAUUUUAUACACUAUUUACUUCUAGAAAAUAGAUAAUAAUAUCAUAAUUUGUUACUUUAGGAGAAAGGGGAAAAUGAGAUUUGUUCAUCUGUUUUUUGCUUUUAGUAUGAAAAAUGUAUGUUUAAUUGUUGGUUUGUUCAGAUUAAUAAUUUAAUUUUUUGUUCGAUCU